AGAAGACAAAAUAAACAGGAGAUAGAAAGUAGAGUGGAGUUUUUCGAAGACGCAAAAGAGAAACCCUCGAUUCCGAGAAAAUGUCAGAGAAACCGUCCACGCUGAGAAAGAAAGCAAGUUAACUAGAAACACUCGAAGCCCCUUCUUGCCCUUUCAUCAUUCUCUCCACCUCCAUCUUCAAAGCCCCUUCAUGAAUCCCCAGAAAAUUGAAGAUAACCUCUACCUUGAUCACGAUCAACAUGGUCUGGGCCCACCCCUGGUUCGCCAGAUCAUCCAAUCACAGCCUUCCAUUCAAGACAACAACCCUUCCGACCCCGACCCGGACCCUUCCUUCUCUUCCCUCCCCGAAAUCGUCGUCUUUCGCUCCUCUUCCUCCGACUCACCGAGUCGCUCCUCCGAUGACAACGACGAGUCACAGAGUCACCCCAAUCAUCCCGAUUUGAUGGCGGAUUAUGACCCCAGCAGUAACUGUAACUCUGACGUUAACCCUCACCCUCCGGCGUACAUUAGCCCCGAACCGCACAUAUCUUCCCAAUUCUACACUUUCAACGCCGAGUCUCACUCGCUCAUGAUUCGCUGCAUCCUCGAGGGAAGACUCGCGACACCGGCCGAGAUCAGAGCGGCGACGCCGAGGUCUGUCCUGAAAUCGUGGCGCUCCGUGUGGAAGGACCGGAAUGAGGACACCGCGUAUCUGACGGCGUGGAAGCGUAUCCAGGAAAAGCUUACGGCUCACGUGGACGCUGAAUCUGGUAACGAAUUUCUCUGCUUCAAGAACCAUUCUCAACAAUUUGUUUCUCAUACUAAUCAAUGGCAAGACAUUGUGAUGAGUUUUCAUUGUGAUGCGGACUUGAAACAUUUGGGGCUUAAAGAAACUAUUGAGAGAGUUAAACAAGUGUGGACUGUAGGAGCAAAGUUUUACGGUAUACCAGAGAGUUACAUCAGGGUUUGUGUUGCUUCUUGUCCUGUCUGCUCAGCCUCCUCAGGAUCUUCUUCGAGAAGUAAGAGACGUAGGUUUGAGUACACUGAGUCUUUUGAUGUGCCAGCUAAGGAGGUACCCAAUAGGUUGCAGCAAUUGGCAGCAAAGCAUAAGGUUGUACUUUGCAUUAGGCAGAAGUACAUUAGGUAUAAGCCAUUUAUGGCAGAGGUUAAGGAUUAUGCCUGUCACAGGGCAGGUGAACCUGCAGCAAAGAAGUCAAAGAUUUUGAAGAGGGAGCCCUAUGUAUCGAAGAGGUGUGGAUGUGGAUUUAGGAUUAGGGCAAUAUUACCUAUCUCAAAUUAUAAUGAGAAAGAGAAGACAUUUGUUUAUCAAGAGGAUGGGAUGGCUGUGUUUAAGUUGUAUGCAGUGCAUUCUGGACAUGAGCCAGGGCCGUUGGAUGGUAAUGCUAGGAUUAUGCAUCGGGUUGUGGGGCACAAAGGUGAAUUUAUGAUAGACCAAGAAAUGGUCUAUGGGGUGCGUGAGGACGGGGAUAAUGAUGGGUUUGGGUAUUUGGGGAAAGAUGAUGGGGAUUUGCAAUUUUCUAUUUUACGGCAGUUGCAUGACUUGAGGACGGAAAUUGGGUCGUUAGAAGGCAGAAUUGGUAAAAUACCACACGAAUUAUUGGGUUCCGUAUCUCGAGAUUUGUUUGAUGUUGUGAAUAAAGUCAGGAGUUUAGGGGAAGAUGGUUCAAAGAGUGCUGGAUUGCUUUCUGACAAGCCCCAUCCAGAUGAUGUGCUGGUGGGAGCAAAUGCUUUAGUGCAUUGGAGUGAUCAACAUCAUGAUAAGAUAUACAUGGAUGGGAAGGAGGCAGAAUUAAUCGAGGAUAAUGAAGACAGCUUUGGCCGGUCACUUGGGGAUGUUGUUCCUUGGGAACAGAUGAGAGCAGAUUGUAGAAGUCAGAAAGACCUGAUUGGUGAGUCUUGUAAGCCUGAAAAGUGGUUUAAAUGCAGUGAUUUUGACGAGAAGAGCAUUCUUGAAUGUGAAGAUACUAAACUAACUAAGCCCUUGAGACAUGAUGAGGCUAUAGUGUCAGAUGUAGGUCUUGUUGGUGGUAUACAGGUUGAUAGUUUCUACCAAGAGAACCCUAAAUGGUAUGAAUCUCCUUGUGGAUUGGAUACCAAUGAAGAAUGUGGAGAUGGUGCAUAUAGACACGAGGAGAUUGUGUAGAGUCCUAACAGCCUGGUUAACCCAGUCUAACCUAGUAUUGAGUUUGUAUUGUGCCCAUUCAUCCUGUCUCACAACAGGAAAUGGGUUGUAUAUUAAUGUAUACUGAAGAUUGAAGUUUCUCACAUGCUACUUUUUAUGUUUGCUGCGUGUGGUUCUGUUAAGUGUAUUUAAUCUGGCUUCUCUGUACAUACUUCAUUUGUGACUGUUUGUUGACAUUAUUCUGAGCUUUGUAACUUUUAGAAGGCUUCCUCACUCCGCGCAGAGGAUAGCUAUUUCCGUGUACUUUGGUGGUGUUGUACGUACUGAGAAAGCAAUCUUGCUUUUCUGCUUCUAUUGAUGUAUAAUGAGAUGUACGGGACUUAUUCUUGGGAAA